AUGGGACAUGAGGAGCAUGGAGGGACUUGGCACAUGGACGCAGCUCAACUGGAUACGCAAAGGAAGAAGGGAGAAGCCAUCUUGAAGACCAGCUCGACCGUCUACUCGACCAACCGGUCGAGUUCCUCAACUCGACCGGCCAAGCUUCAACUCGAUCGAGCUGAGAAGUCAAAGUCAAACCCGAAAAAUAAUCGCAUAACAAAAAUCAAAAAACGAGAUGGCACAUGGGCGGAAACUGAAGAAUCCAUUGAGAAGGUUGCUACAGAUUACUUCCAAAAUCUGUUUACGUCCUCACAACCGGAAAAUUUUGAGGAAGUGCUCCGGUACGUUACCGCGAAAGUUACACCCUCCAUCAACGAUGCCUUAACUUGCAAGCCAUCAAAGGAAGAGAUCACAAGUGCCAUCAAGGACAUCAAUCCAGAUAAGGCCCCUGGACCGGACGGUAUGACAAGUCUCUUCUACCAAAAGUUCUGGGAUGUGACAGCAAAUGAGAUUAUAUGUAUGGUUAACGAUUUCUUUGAGAACGAGGCUUUGGAUCCCCGCUUAAACCAGACAAACAUAUCUCUUAUUCCAAAAACAGAACGGCCAAGAGACAUGACGGAAUUUCGUCCCAUAAGCCUCUGCAAUGUGAGCUACAAGAUCAUCUCCAAAAUUCUUAGUAAAAAACUAAAGCGAUACCUCCCGAAACUUAUAUCGGAGACACAAUCAGCCUUUGUGGCUAGACGGCUUAUUACAGAUAACAUUCUCAUUGCACAAGAAGCCUUUCAUGCCCUCAGAACAAACCCGAGUUGCAAGUCUAAAUAUGUGGCAAUAAAGACAGACAUGAGCAAAGCAUAUGAUAGAGUGGAAUGGUCUUUCCUGGAAGCUCUCAUGCUGAAAAUGGGUUUCAAUGAUAAGUGGGUUUCGUGGAUAAGAGUAUGCAUAUCCUCUGUCUCCUAUCAAGUCCUUAUAAAUGGUGAGGCUAAAGGACACAUUAGUCCCUCCAGGGGACUAAGACAAGGAGACCCCCUAUCUCCAUUUUUGUUCAUCAUCCUAACAGAAGCGCUGGUGGGGCUUAUACAAGGUGCAGAGGAAGAAGGAAGGAUCCAGGGGCUUAAGAUUGCGAGGAAUUGCCCAGUGAUCUCCCACCUACUAUACGCGGAUGAUAGCCUCUUCUUCUGUAAGGCAGACAUACAGCAAUGCACAAAGCUUAUGAGAAUCAUCGAAGUAUAUGACGAAGCGUCAGGUCAACUCCUGAAUGCCGCAAAAUCCUCAAUCUUCUUUGGGAAUAAGGUCCCCAUGGACACCAGAACAGAGCUGAAACGAACCCUGGGGAUCAACCAAGAAGGAGGGAUGGGAAUGUACUUGGGUUUACCGGAGAAAAUAUGCGGCUCAAAGGAUAAAUUCAUGGUCAGCCAAGUUUCUGUCAAAAGGUGGCAAGGAAGUUCUCAUAAAAUCAGUGGCCCAAGCUCUUCCUAA